CCGACAAUAUGCAGACUUCUAGUUCUACUCGCACCGCCUCCACACUUCAGCAGACGGAACAGGUUCUCACCAUGCCUCUUCAGCGUUACAGAAACGGGGCACAUAAUGCGGACACUCCGCAGUUUCACUUCAUCGUCCCCCUGAACGUGGGCGGCCAUCACUACACCAGCACCCUGCCGGUACUGCGCAAGCACGAGGAGUCCAUGCUGGCGGCCAUGUUCAGCGGCCGCCAUAUUGUUGUGAAGGACAAAGACGAUCGCUACUUCAUCGAACGAGACGGCACCAACUUCGGCCACAUCCUGAACUUCCUGCGUGACAGCAGCAGGCUUCCUCCUCUAGACAAGGUUAAAGACGUCUACCAGGAGGCGCUCUACUACGGCAUCAAACCCCUCGCCGACAUCCUCCGCCGGUACAGGCCGAUCCGCGAGGAGGAAGAGGUCGCCAGGUGGGCCGAGCAGUGCCCUGCCGCCCAGGAGAAGGCCGACGAGAUCGCCGACCUUGUCCUGAAGAAGUUUGCGGACACCCUGAGCAGGACCAUCCGCGUGGUUCUCCAGUUCGACCAGGAGCCGUGCUGGGAGUCUGUGUGUCUGAAAGGAAGCACUGGCGAGUCCAUCGGCAACUACUACAAGCCGUACGACUUCCAACAAGACAAGAGUCACAAGGACCACAAGUGUCCCCUGCCAGAAGUAUCCAUGGGAGAGAUGUCGGAGAAGGAGAGAGGGAAGACGCUGAGUUUCUUCGAUCACUACUUCGAGAAGCUGGGCUAUACGGUGGAAAUCGUCCCUGGGGAGUGUCGGGAGGCGGUGUGGUCCCAAAAGAUCACCUGGCCUGGCGACGGGCUGGACUCCAUAACCAUCUACUGUACCAAGCAGAUCUACACACUCACCUUUGCUUGA